GCUGCAGGCAAAGAGAAGAGCUGAAUCGGCUUCCCCUGCUUCAGUCAGUCUCUUUCCGUCCGUCCUCCACCAUGGAUACGCGACUGCUCUUCCUUGCCCUGCUCGGCUUGUUCGCCGUCCAAGCCCAAGAUGCAGAAAAGACGAAAAGACAGAUUUUCCGCGAGCAAGUGUUGCCGCACAACGGCGGAAAAAUCCCCGAAUCCGCGUUCCGAUCCGACCGACUGGCGCUGAACAAGUUGCAGAAACUCGGAGUGGCCGUGCCUGAUGGCGUCAGUCUCGACACCAGGUCCAACUCGGUCGUCAGGGUGGCGCACGACCCUGAGACCGAAUACACGCUCAUCAAAAUCUUGCAGGAAGACGAAGGUCGUUACAUUCCUCCGGAGGGACGUUCAUACCCGACCUUCCCGCGUUCGGUGCAGUCAACGUACCUGCUGCGGCCGCCAAUCGGCUCUUUGCACCUGAACCACCACUACCACCGCUCCAUCCCUGGCCCCGCUCUGUCCUUGGGCGGCGCCUCCCUCGAGGCCACGGCCGGCCAGGGCACGCACCAGUACGUCAACCCCGUGACCAGCACGCAACACGUUGCCGCCCCACAGCCCACCAACGCCUACCUGCCUCCAGUGCCUCCGCCAACCCCCAGCACCGUCCGAAGGCCCUACCCGAGUCCUGCCUACCCAAAGGUCGUCACCAGGUACGGCGCCGGAACUUUUGCCGGCAGACCACAGGCCCUUUCCACGUCCCAGCGACUUGACGCCGCCUCGUCCUAUGGUUUCCUGCCUCAACAGCUCCAGUAUUCAACUUAUGGCAAUUUCGAGACUGGUUUCAAGCCGUCGGCCGCCCUGGACUUUUUGCAGUCGUCCAGCUACUCGAACCUUUACAGCCCCGGCAGCAGCUUCUCGAACGGACUUUUACACCUGCGGUCCCCUUACCAAUCUGCCUACGCCAACUACUACAACCCUCCCGCCUCCAACAGCCUGUACCCUCAGCAUCUAGGUCUUCUGGACGACGACCUGUACCGACUGAGGAGGAGAACCGCAGGCGAGACCAGCCCUGCCGAGUCCAAAGUCAGGGAGGUCUUUGCCGCUCCAUCAUCGUGUUCAGCGCCUGGAGUUGAGAUUGGAAAAGUCUACGCUGCUUCAAACAGCGGUUGCAAGAAAUAUUUUUCCUGUCUGAGUGAUGGUCGCACCGCUGAGUAUGUGUGUCCGGAGGGCUCGGUCUUCAACAUCCACAAGGGAAGAUGUCAGCGAGGAAGCAUACAGUUGAACCAAAACUGCGAGCCCGUCGCCUGAAGUCUGACUGAUGACCACUUUUUGGCACACGCGGACCGUGAAAUUUUGGAAAUUAUUGUAGAUUCACACUGGAAGCCAUUAUUGCCGUGAAAGAGAAAAAAAGGAUGAACGUGUGAGAUAAUGAAUGAGCGAGUGAGUCGCAACGAGGCGAAUCUAUUUAAUUAAUUAAAGCGCAUUCAGUUACCAUGCCAUUAAAAAUCAUUUUAUAAUCAACUGUAUUUUCUUGCCUAUACUUAAUUAAUCUAAAUUAAAACGGAAAACUGCUCUACGUGUAUAAUUAUGUAAUCAUUCAUCUCUCAAAUGACAGAAAAACGGUUUACUUAAAAAAAUUGCUCCUGUGAUUUUGUGCUAUUUGACGAGAGAUAUGUUUUUAAUUAAUAAAGAUGUUAAGAGU